AUGGGAGGACAACAUGAUCAAGCAAGUCAACCUUCUGCUCAAGAAAGUUAUUAUCCUGAUCCAGUUGGUCAUUAUGCUGACCCGCAAAGUUAUAUUUAUGGUUCGGGAACAUAUGUUGAUCCAGGACGUCAUCUUUAUGCUCCUGAACAUCAUGGUUAUGGUACACAAAGUCAUCAAGGGAGUCAUGUUUAUGGCUUGGGAAGUCAUCAAGGUUCAGGAAGUAAUGUUUAUGCUCCAGGGAUUCAAACAAACCUUCAAGCAAGUCAACAGUAUCUUCAAGGAAGUCAAACUUAUGCUCAACCAAGUCAACUGUAUCCUCGUGGAAGUCAGACUUAUCUUCAUGGAAGUCAACCAUAUCCACAAGGAAGUUACCCUUAUACUCAAAGAAGUCAAUCUUCUGCACAAGGAAGUCAACCAUAUGCUCAUGGAAGUCAUUAUAUUGAUCAAACAGGUCAUUAUGUUGAUCCAAUAACUCAUGUUUAUGGUUCAGUAAGCCAACAAUUUGGUUCAGGAAGUCAACGUGGCCAAGGAAGUCGAUAUCCCAGUAUCGAGUAUAUUAGUAAGUUUAGUAAUUAG